UACAGGUGUGUGAACUCGCCACUGUUGUUGUUUUCAUAACGAAAGGCGAAAUUAAUUCCUAUCAGUUGCACAAAACACCGAAAGCACAAGAUGAUCAAAGCGAUUCUGAUUUUUAAUAACCACGGGAAACCGCGGCUCAUUCGAUUCUAUCAGUAUUUUGCAGAAGACAUGCAGCAGCAGAUUAUCAGAGAGACCUUUCACUUGGUGUCUAAGAGAGAUGAUAAUGUCUGCAAUUUCCUUGAAGGUGGCAGUCUGAUUGGUGGAUCAGACUACAAACUGAUCUACAGACAUUACGCCACGCUGUACUUUGUGUUUUGUGUCGAUUCAUCUGAGAGCGAACUCGGCAUUCUGGACCUCAUUCAGGUAUUUGUGGAGACUCUGGAUAAAUGCUUUGAGAAUGUGUGUGAACUCGACCUGAUCUUCCACAUGGAUAAAGUGCACUAUAUCCUGCAGGAGGUGGUGAUGGGGGGGAUGGUCCUGGAGACCAACAUGAAUGAAAUUGUUGCUCAGGUUGAACUUCAGAACCGAAUGGAGAAGUCUGAGGGUGGACUGUCUGCUGCUCCAGCUCGCGCCGUCUCGGCCGUAAAAAACAUGAACCUUCCAGAAAUCCCUCGUAACAUCAACAUCGGAGACAUUAACAUCAAAGUGCCGAGCUUGUCUCCGUUCUGAGAGCAACAUCAUUCUCAUUAACACUGGAAUCUUUAGGGGCCAAAACUGUCUGAAUCCACGAGUGACUGAUUUCCUCAUGAAAUAAACUGUGUGUGUGUGUGUAUGUGUGUGUGUAUGUGUGUGUGUGUCUGUGUGUGUGUGUCUGUGUGUGAGAGUGUGUGUGUGUGUGUGUCUGUGUGUGUCUGUGUCUGUGUGUGUGUCUGUGUGUCUGUGUGUGUGUGU